AUGGCAUCAACUCACGAGGGAGGCAACUUAACACGCCGGUGUGGCUCGCAUGGCUACAUCGUUGGUGACCGUCUUUUCCUAGGGGAUUUAACUCAUCGCCUUUGGCUUGAAAACCAAAAAGCCGACAGCGAUGGCCGUGUCAUCCGGUACCUUCAUGUCUACUGUGAUACUCUAGAGGUUUUCGCCUUGUCCGACGACUCCAUCAGUGCACGGGUCCCUUCGCCUAUCCGAUGGUUAAGGAUCUUCGCAAGAUCCAUUAUACGUCGUGGUUCCCCGGUGACGGAGGAAGGCAGUCCCCAGUGGUUCGUUGAUCCAAUUCCUUUCCUCUCCCCUAGAUUUGUCCUAGAUCCUUCAUCUAACUUCCAUCUACCGACCAGCAAUCUAGGGAGAGUGACUAUUCUCUGGAAUGUUGCCGACCGCCCCUUCAAGCUCUUUGGGCAUACUUUAGAGCGGGGCGAAGCCACGAUCGGUCACAACUUCAUCGUCAGCCCGGACGGCUCUGCGAAGUUGUCCGAAGUAACACGCAUUUGUCCUAGAGAAUUCGAUACCCGCCAUGAUAUCAUAGAUAUGUUGAAGAAUGUCAAGAGAAUCGAAGCUGAGCUUCCUACGCUGGCUCGGAGACUUCUAAGCUUGGCCGUCGCCGGAAUGAAUCCCGAGAGCGAACAAGACACCGCACUUGACACAUGCCUGCACAAGGAGGAGACCAAGUCGCGCCUCGCCUUCGUCUCACUCCUCACCAGGACGUCCCCCGCCAUGGCCGACGUCAGCAGGGCCGCCUCGACAUUGCUUUUCCGCCUGACAAUCCCCGAGGGCGCUCGUAUCUGGGUGCCGAAACACACCUUCAAAGACCGCGACAGACUUCUGAACAGCUGGCUCACGGCGGCCAGGCAGGUCGAGGAGGACUACAACAAUCACAAGGCUGAGCUCCGCGACAACAGGGCCGGGGACAGGAGCGUGGCGCUGAUGAAGCAGAUCACCAAGUUCCAGCACCAGGAUGCCUCGCUUGACUUGAAGGCGCUCCAAGAUCGCUACGAGAGGGGCAUGAAUGCCGUGACGGACCUGGCCCUGGACUUUGCAUCGUUCAAGGACGAGAUGUCAAAGGCGCGCAGGGAGUUCAACACGGCCGUCAAGCAGUGGGAGGAGGACAGAAGGUCCGAAGCGGAUAUCAAGUCUUUCUUUGCAACUGUGAAGCUCAUAGCGGCCAUCGGUAUUACGGUCUACACUCUGGGCGCCGCGUCGGGCAGCGUCGCGAACAGCAGUGUGGAAGUAGCAGAAGCUAUAUCCAUGGUGAAGACGGCUAUAAAAGAGGAAAAGACCAGCACCUCCAUGAAAAAGGCCAUGAAGAUCAUUUCGGCCAUUGAGAAGAUGAGCAAAGGCGUGGACACAGCCAGAAAGUACCUCCUGGAGGCAAAGGCCAAGAUCGCGGACAAGCGAAAGUCCGGCAAAACUGGCGCCUCUAUCACACCGUCAGAACUACUACCGCCGGUUCAGCUCGACCCGGUAAACUACUUCGAGCUCUUGAACCAGUGGGACGACUACAUGCUGGACAACGACGCCUACUUCGCCAAGAUUCUGAAGCUCGAGCCGCACAUCAACGAGGCCGACAACUUCCAGCUCGCAGUGAAGAAGGUCGUUGGGCGAGCACGGAACAUGCUCGAGGCCCAGAAAGAGCUGCAGUCCGUUGAGGACAAGAUGCGGCUGGCUAUGGCGCACGUGGAGCUCCGCGCGCAACGUGAAAGCGAGUGCGAGAAGCUUGCCAGCUCGACGCCCGAUGCUGAGCUGAUCCAAGCCAAACUGGAGCUCGGGCUGAAGUCGAUCCGACUGCAAGUCUUCCUCUUAUUCCACGAGACUUUCUGUGCCCAUGCGUUUGAGGGAAAUUUGACCUACUUCCCGACCAAUAUCAGGUUUCGGGAGGACAAACUAGCGAGUGAGUUCUUCACCGAUGUUGCCGCCCUCGAAUCGUUGCGCGGAGAGCACCCUGGUCUUCACAGUUUAAUGGCGACUGAGGAGCCUUUGAGGUUCAGGACGCCGACCAACGGGGCCAAGAGCAACACAAGCAUCUUUGAUCCCCUAUGGAAGGAUCUCCUGAUUAGCGAGGGCAGAGUGGCCUUUCAAAUCCCGACUCAUCAUGAGAAGGCACAGCGGAAGUGUCUAGCUUCUAUUACCCAUGUUGCUCUCCUGUUUGAGGGCAUUGAACCCUCAGACCCUAACGCGGACAAAGAUGACAUGAGUGUUCCGCUCAUGGUCGAAUUCGGUCCCCACAUGCUGCAGCUCGAGGAAUCAGGGGACGAGUCCAAGUUUCUAGGUUCGACCGUCCAGAUUCAGUGCCAGCCCUCGUUAGUGCAAAAGGUUGGCACCAGGAGGAAGUUCUACUCCAUUGAUGGAGCCACGAUGCGUCCAACACUGUAUACCACAGGUUGUGUCAGAAUCCGGCAAGCCAAAGCCAAGGAUGGGGCCAAAAUCAAGGAUUGGGAUCUGAGCACUGUGACGGCGAUUCAGUUGGAGCUGCAUACGGAGUCUUGGGGAGACGCCUAUGGAAGCGAUUAA